UGUUGCGAACCCCGGAAGUCGUGGAUACAGCAGUGUGUCGCUGCCGAUAAAGAAAAACAUAAAACAAUUAAGCUUUAGUCAUGUUUAAACUCGAAGGAUUGGGACCGAAAUUAGACCCGGAGGAGAUGAAGAGGAAAAUGAGGGAGGACGUGAUCUCCUCCGUGAGAAAUUUCCUCAUUUAUGUGGCUGUUCUGAGAGUCGCCCCGUACGUGUUGAAGAAGUUGGACAGCAUAUGAGGACAUGGACUCGACUCUGGACCUGCGCCUGAGCUCAUGGAACAUCGCCGGGUUUCGCCUGAGUGCAGCUCCGUCCUUCAUCAUCAUCAUCAGAGUUUUAUUUCCUGGAUGAAGCUGAACUUGUGUAAUUAAAUUCGAUCCUGUGUUUUUGUGCUUGUCGUGUUUAAAGCAGUUCAUCACUACUGACGUGAUGUGACGUGACAGACUGCCGUGUGUCGAUCACAUGGCCCGGACUACACAAUACAUGUUGACCGUAUUCAACAUCUCCUGUUCGUAUUGAAAUUAAUCUGUGUGAAUAAAUGUCACUGUUACUCCGA